AUGAUGUCCUAUACUUCGGAGAAAACGCCGCUCCUCCCUGUCGUCGAACGCACACUCGAUGCCUACAUGAACAAGAUCGACCAACGCCAUCGUGAAGGCGUUGAAUACGCACUGCUGGUGUCCACUCUGUUGCUUACCGUCUUCCAAGUCGUGGUCCUCUACAGCGGCGACAGCCUCGUGCCCAUAGCUCUGGACGGCCAAUACUACGCCAUGGUGGCUCAACUCGCUCGCGGCCUGCGCAUGUCGAUCCCCGCCAGUCUGCCCACAGCAGCCAUAUUUUUCAUUGUCGCGCCCUAUCUGGCGCAAAAGGAGCGUGUCGUGAUGACGCGAUACGCGAUUCUCGUCUGUUAUUUGAUGGGCUCGACGCUGGGCGCGUUGUUGCUCUAG